UCUACAGUGCUCCAAGAGGAUGGUUAUUUAACACUGGCCCCCAAGGAGGAAGGCACAGACCAUCCUCCUCCUGGAACGUCCAAGGGCACUGGAUCCUCUGUGUCCCUCUGAGAUGGGGUGCCACUCCAGCAAGAACAACACGGUGGCAGCUGAGUCCCAGAAGCCUGAAGAAGAGCGCAAGGGAGGAGAGCCAGGUCUGGAGACCGGCACCCAGGCAGCAGACUGCAAGGAUGCCCCACUGAAGGAUGGAACCCCUAAGCCAAAGAGCUGAGAUGCCUCUCUCCAGAGUCGGACCCUCACCUCCUUCCUGGAACUGCCUUUGGCCCCAGAACCAUGAGACAAUCCCCACCCUGAGAAGCUCCGAUCACUGGGAGGAGAGAGAAAGCCUCCAGCUUUGGGAUUCAGGCUUCAGAAGUUUUUAGCAGCCUUUGCUCAUUGGAGAGGUGGGGAGGAUAAGUCUAUAAGGAAUCCUAUUUCCCCAGCUCUCCCUCAGAGAGGACAAAAGAAGUCUUCACACGUUGUGGAACUUUCCUGCAACUUCUGGAUGCAGACAAGCCUCAGAGCAGACUGUUCUGGCUCCAGUGAAUAUCUGCUGCCAAGCUGUGAGCGUCCAGGGAUCCCCGUCUGCCUGGCUUUCCUGAAGUCAGAAGGCGCCUUGGUCAUAAUGUGUGGGGUGUGUGGAUCUCAGUUUGCUCUCUUUCUUUCUCCUUUUUUCAACAGCUGGCGGAGUAACCAACACCCCUGACAGCAAUGUGUUGCACUUGGCUCACUCCACACCCUGUCUAUGAAUAAUUUUAAUAUUUAACUUGAAAUGUUGUUAAGAAACUAUGGAAAAUAUCAGGAUCCCACUGGGAUCCCGUAAAUUGAAGGCAACAAGGUCUUGGUCCUCCAGUAAGGGGGGCAUGGAGCCCUGGUGGGAAGGAAAGAAGAGAGAUUUGUGUUCCUGAUUCCUUAAUCCCCAAGAAAGAUCCCUCUGCUAACAUUCACAUAUCUCUUCCUAGCCAAAGUCUGUCCAUUUCAACCCUCUAGCAUCUGAGCUAUCUGCAUCCAGCUUUCAAAAAUAUUUCGCUGUUUACUAACAUGUCUGUCAGCCUUUCUUUUCUCCCCCGCAUGUGUUUUGUUUUUAAUUCCACUCAAAAGCGUUUUCAUUUGAAAUCAAAUAGACAUGUUUGCAAAUAAAUGAUGACACAACACAUUUGAAAGACAGAAUUGGGGAUCUGAGAUUAGAGGAUCAGCAGAGAAGAGUGGGUGUAAUUCUGUGGAACAGGAGUGAGAACAGAGGCGAGGGAGCCGUUGCUUUGUGCCAGGCGCCAUGCUGAGGACUUUCCAUAGACGGUUUAAUGCCACCCAACUAUAGAUGGUUGGGUGCCACCCAUUUUAUAGAUGAGGAAAUGGAGGAAAUAAAGUCACUUGCCUGAGUUUGGGCAGCCAGGAAGGAGCAGAACCCACAGUUGAGCCCCAGCAGUUUGGCUUGGGAAACGCAUGUAGAGUGCUUCUUAAAGCAGAGAGCCUUUUUCAUGAUUAAACUGAAAUACUAGUCCCUUUAUAGCCUGUGCAUAGUGAGGACCAUUUUUCUUUAUUCACUGGGACCUACCUGCCUAUUGAGAAGUACGUAACCGGUCAGCUUGGAGUUGCCCCACUGCAGGUUGGGUGAUGCAUUGAGGGACUUUUUAUUUUUA